UUGCUUCCUUUUUCCAAGGUCAGAGAUCUGGGCACUGAAUCUCAGGCUCAAGGCCAAGGAGUAUUUGCUCUCCUCUGUUCCGGAAGCCACCAGUUCCCACAGUGCUUUCCCCUACUCAGCUCUCCUAGGGGAGAGGAUAGCUGGCUUGGGUUAGAGCGGCCAAAAGGCUGGGCCAGACAGUCUCCUCUGAGGGGACUGGGAUAGGACACUAGUGGAUUCCCCUCUCCUAAUCCCCUGAGCUGGAGUCAGGGCUGGGAGGAUGCCCAGAGGGACAGAUGGAGAGGGCAAGGGGCAGGAGGAAGGACAGAAGGUCUAAACCAAUAACAAAUUGGACUAAUUGAUAAGGAGCUUAUGGGCCCAACAGGCCAGGGGGGUGAGAUGACCCACUCCUGGCAGCGGUAGGAAUCAGAGAAGCGUAAUUUUAUCCCGACAUGAAAGGGAACAGAUCUGGAAGGCCAGCUGAGGGAGGCCUGGGCAGUGAUCGGGUUACACUGUAAGUUUUCCACCAGAAGCUUUUGCUGAGCCUCCAAGGAGAGCUGGGCUGUGCAGCUAGGGGAGUGCAGAUCCAGGAAAAGGGGCCCCUAGAAGAGCCUGAGGGAAGGUACAAGGGAAAGGGGGCUGGAAGGUAGGGAGAAGGCAGGACUGUGGGGUUCAGGCUUCCUGGGAGGGUGGGCAGAGUGGGCAAGGACCAUUGUCUUCAGCACAGAGCCCCCCUUCCUUACUGGGGCUGACUUGCUUACUGAUGGCUCUGGUCUCAUUGAGAUCUGGGAGAGCUCUGUAAUCCUAGCUGUGGCUAAUUAAACCAGGCGGCAGCUCCUAAGUGUACACAUUGUCUGAUCCACCCCAUCACUCCUCUCUCCCUGGUCAUGUAAGAGGUGACCUGCACAGUGUCUCCGAGGAAGGGACUGGUCAGUGGAGGAGCUGGUGGCCCCAGGGACCCCUGACCCAUGGGGUUCAAUGAGGGGAUCCUAGGUGAUAGCUAAAGAAUCAGCUCCCAGGGAGGGUGGCCCCUGACCUCCAUCAGCCGAGAUCCUCAGCUCCAGCUAGCUACACGGAAUUUGCUGGAGAACAGGAGAGUCUGGAGCAAAGCGACAAAGUGGGGUACCCACACCAGGUGGGGCAGGAGAAGCCAUCGUUGCAAGGGGUCCCCUGGGGGCCCCAAAGAUGCCAACCAAUGGGAUCCACCAGGUGCUGAAGAUCCAGUUUGGCUUGAUCAAUGAAGAGGACCGCUAUUUGACGGCAGAAAGCUUUGGUUUCAAGGUAAAUGCCUCGGCCUCCAGCCUUAAGAAGAAGCAGAUUUGGGUCCUGGAGCAGGAUGAAAGCAGCAGUUCAGCUGUCUUCUUCCGAAGUCACCUAGGUCGCUACCUGGAAGCCGACCAGGAUGGGAAGGUGUCCUGUGAGGCAGAGAAGCCGGGCCGGGAUGCCCGCUUCCUCAUCGUCACCCACUCGGACGGGCGCUGGGCCCUGCAGUCAGAACCCUACCGGCGAUUUUUUGGGGGCUCCGAGGACCACCUCUCCUGCUUUUCGCCCACCAUCACACCUGCCGAGCUCUGGACAGUCCACCUCGCCAUCCAUCCACAGGCCAACCUGUUGAGCAUCAGCCGCCGGCGCUAUGCCCACCUGUGCCCACAGGAGGAUGAGAUUGCAACUGACAGCAACAUUCCUUGGGGCGUGGACGCCCUUAUUACUCUUAUAUUCCUAAAUAAGCAGUACUGUCUGAAGACUUGUGACAGUCGCUACCUGCGCAAUGAUGGUAAAUUGGUGUGGGAGCCAGAGCCCCGGGCUCGCUACACCCUGGAAUUCAAAGCAGGCAAGUUGGCUUUCAAGGAUUGUGAUGGCAGGUACCUGGCCCCCAUGGGGCCCACUGGGACCCUCAAGGCUGGGCGCAGCUCUAAGCCGAGCAAGGAUGAACUCUUUGAUCUGGAGGAGAGUCACCCCCAAGUGGUAUUUAUGGGUUCCAAUGGGCGCUACGUUUCCAUCCGUCAAGGCAUCAACGUCUCAGCCAAUCAGGAUGAAGAGCUGGACCAUGAGACAUUCCAGAUGCAAAUUGACCGUGAGACCAAGAAGUGUAUUUUCCAUUCCAACACUGGGGAUUACUGGACCUUGGUCACUCAUGGGGGUAUCCAGUCUAUUGCCACACAAGUUGCUGCCAAAACCAUGUUUGAGAUCGAAUGGCGAGGACGACGGAUAGCACUCAAGGCAAGCAACGGGCGCUACAUCUGCACCAAGAAGAAUGGGCAUCUAGCAGCCAUCAGUGACUUUAUUGGUGAGGAUGAAGAAUUUAUCAUCAAACUCAUCAACAGACCCAUCUUGGUACUGAGGGGCAACGAGGGCUUUGUCUGCCACCAUCGAAACUCCAAUCUGCUGGACACAAACCGGUCCGUUUAUGACGUCUUCCACAUCAGUUUCAGCGAUGGCGCCUACCAGAUCCGAGGCAGAGGCGGUAAGUUCUGGUACAUAGCCAGCAAUGGCAACGUGUGCAGUGACGGCGAGAGAUCAGAAGAUUUCUUCUUUGAGUUCCGGGAGCGGGGCCGAGUGGCCAUCAGAGGCAAAAAUGGCAAAUACCUGCGGGGAGCCUCAUCAGGCAUGUUGAAGGCUGAUGGAGACUCCCUUGCCUGUGCCACCCUCUGGGAAUAUUAAUCCCAUCUACCUGGAUGAACCCCUUCCAGAGCCUCCCAGGAAAGAAGAGAAGAGGAAUAAAAGCCGAAGCAGGGAAGGAGCUUGGGUAUCCCCUGGGUGGGAUGGAGUGCGGGAAUCCCUCUUCUUUUACUACAGCACACAUUGCAUGAUCAUACUGCCCCUUUCUUCUAUCUCCUACAUAAAAAUUCUGUCUGAGAUUCGGCUUUCUCCCGUUUCUUGACGUUCAAUGUCCACCUGAGUCUCCUAUCCCAUGCUUUGAAAUGCAUUAAGAGAGUCUUU